AUGGCCGAGGAUUGGGGCGCCGUAACAUCGGAUGAGCUGUUUGAGAAGGCCGGCCAAAUCAAGCCUCUGAAAGACCUCGUGAACGAGGCCGCCUUCGGGCAAGGUUCGUCUCUGAAGGAGGACGAAUUCGGGUUUGUCGAUUCGGGUCCCAUGAACUGGUGGAGUCAGCCGAAUCCAGAGAAUAAGCUGCUCCCCCACAACUACACUCCACCUCUACCAACAAAACGGGCUCCGAAAAUUCUGAAGAACCCGAAGAACGGCCAGAACAAGAAGGAGAAUCAGUUGGCCAUUCAGAAACGGGUCACAUUUGAUGUAAGUUGAUUUUUUAUUUUGUGUUUCUAUCUUUAGGUAAAGAUCAUUGGCUCCAAGCUUUCCCAUGGUACUGUAGAUUUUGAUAGGAUAGGAUUUUUGUCGAAAUUUCGUCAUAAGGACAUCUUAUACGAUGAAACAUUUAUGGUUCUUGAGAUGCUAGGUACACUGUGUUAGAAAGUAGUAACCUUCAGAUCAGUUAGCGGGAUACUUUAUGUAUAGCGAGAGUAGUAACCAUGACGCCUUUAAAGUCGUUUCCUGAAUUGUUUUAGACUUGAUGAUUCGGUGAGUAGGUCAAGUUGUCUUAUAGAAAACUUGAUAGUUAUUUUGCAAUAGAUGGGUUGAUCUUCACGCCAGAAGGGCUAAUGUAGUUGGAGUAGAGCAGAUUGAAACUAUUUCGAUCAAAAGUUCUCAAAAAUACACUGGGUUUCACGAAUAGUUGUUAAAAAUGUUAUACUUGAUAGCUUUUUAAGUAAGGAGAUUUGAUUAGAAACAGCUCUUGUAAAUCGAGUGUGAAAGCGUUAGAUAGAUAAAGGCGAGUGUUCCAUCAAACCAAAGGAUUUUUUUUGGAACAUUUAUAGACAUCUGUAUAAUUAAAAUUGAUUAAUCAUGUUGUGUGGUCUUCGAUUCUUAACUUUUUUGGUUCUUUACGGUUCUUUUAUGGGAGGUUAGGUUAGUAAACGUUAUCAUGACAUUAUACUUGAGAAUAAUUUUAAAAUUUGAAUAACUUUUUUUCAGAUAGAACGCUUUGUCAACUCGGAUGGUCUAAGCUUGGACGAAAAGCGCCUUGUCCAAUUGGGCGCCACUCCACGAAAACCCAAAGCCAUCAACUAUCGAACACUGAAGUUGGAGCGAUCCCAGAAGAAGGAAGAAGAAAAAUUGGCUGGUCCAAAAUUGGUGACAAAGUUGAAGAAGAAGCAACAAAAGGGACGCAAGCAGGCCAAGAAGGCCUAA